AAGUGGAAAAUGGAGGCUGAAUUUUACGUGGCGAUUCUUACCUGCUUGAUCUUCAGGAACAUGGAGGGGUUUCAGAUUAUCCAUGUCCAGAAACAACAGUGCCUUUCCAUAAAUCAGAGAGUGAUCAUGGGCGCAUGCAAUUGGACCAGCCAGAAUCAGCAGUGGCUGUGGACUAAAGAUGAGAAGCUCCUCCAUGUUAAAUCUGCAUCGUGCCUGGGCAUCUCCAACUCCUCUGGCGGUCCUUCCCGGGCAGCCACCUUCAUCCGCUGUUCCCAGGCACCCCGAUGGACCUGCUAUGAGCAGGACGGGUUCCUUGAGGUGGAAAAUACCUCUUUCUUUCUCAAGAAACAAGGUCCCAAGGUAGUAGUCAAGAAGGGCAGGAAAUACCUCCAUAGCUGGAUGAAAAUAGAGGUCAACAAGGAAGGAAAACUGGUGAAUGAAAGCCUCUGCUCAAAGAAAGCUGGCCUGGGAGCAGAAGUUUUGGUGAGGAGCACAAGGAACACAAUUCCUCCCCAGAUCCUCAAUGCUUCCAAUACAGUUCCAUAUAGCCCAGAAUACCUUGUUAGGAACACCACCGAGGCCUUCAUUGAGAAUGCCACAGAGGCCUACACCCCAAACAGCAGCAUGCCACACCGCCACAGCCUACCCAUGACUGGCAUUGCAGACACAUCAUGGAUUCCACCAACUACGCAGCCUUUUUCCACCACCACUGAAGAGACUGGACUGGCAGAGUCAGUGAGAUGUAACUUCACCGUGAUGGAAUCCAAGAUCUCCAGCCAGGCGGUGUCUCUCCAGUGGAAAACUACUUUAGGGUCAUCCUGUAACUUCAGCGUCCUCUACAGCAGUGAUACCUCCAGGGCGGCUUGGUGCUACCCGUUUCAGAUCGACAACACCACCUAUGGAUGUAACCUCAGGGAUUUACACGCGGGAACGUUCUACAACUUCAAGAUUGUUUCUCUGGAUGGAGAAGAGAGCACUGUGGUCUUACAAACAGACCCUUUACCUCCUGCCAGGUUUGAAGUCAAUAGAGAGAAAAGUGCAUCAGCCAGCUUGCAGGUCUGGUGGACUCCUUCUCCUGGAAAAGUCACUUGGUAUGAAGUGCAAUUAUUUGAUGAUAGCAACCAAAAGAUACAGGAAGUCCAAAUUCAAGAAAGUACUUCACAGAAUGAAUACACCUUUUUAAACCUCACUGCUGGUAAUCAUUAUACUAUGGCUAUCACAGCUGUUUCUGGAGAUAAGCGUUCCUCUACUGUUUAUACCAAUGGAUCAACAGUGCCAUCUCCAGUGAAUGAUAUUGGUAUUUCCAUAAAAGCUAAUUCUCUCCUGGUUUCCUGGUCGCCUGGUCCUGGGAACGUGGAAGGGUACCAGCUGAAGCUCAUGGACAAAGGAAGCCUAGCUCAUGACACUGUCAUGGACACAUUUGGUACUUCUUACGUUUUUCGUGGGCUGACACCUGGCCAUCUCUACAAUCUGACCAUUAUGAGCAUGGCUGUAGGACUGCAAAACUCCAGGUGGAAACUAGUCAGGACAGUUCCUAUGGAAGUCUCGAAUCUGAAGGUGACAAAUGAUGGAAGCUUGACCUCUCUAAAAGUCAGGUGGCAAAAGCCUCCCGGAGAUGUGGACUUCUAUAACAUCUCCCUGUCUCAUCAAGGGUCUGUUGAGGGAUCCAGAGUAUUAGCUUCUCAAGUCACUGAAACUCACUUUAAAGGCUUAACUCCUGGAAGACUGUAUCAGGUCACCAUCAACUCUAUUUCUGGUGAACUCUCUGCUCAGAAGAUGGCAGUGGGCAGAACAGUUCCAGAUAAAGUUGGACAUCUGGAGGCCAACAACAAUGGUUGGAUGAGGUCCCUGGUAGUAAGCUGGUCACCCCCUGCUGGAGACUGGGAGCAGUACCGCAUCCUGCUCUUCAAUGACAGUUCCGUGCUGCUCAACACCACUGUAGGAAAGGAAGAAACGCAGUAUGUUGUGGAUGAUGUGGGGCUCAUACCUGGAAGGCAAUAUGAGGUGGAAGUCACUGUCGAGAGUGGAAAUCUGAAGAAUUCUGUGCGUUGCCAAGGCAGGACAGUCCCCCUGGCUGUCCUCCAGCUUCGUGUCAAACAUGCCAAUGAAUCUUCACUGGGCAUAAUGUGGCAGACACCUGUAGCAGAAUGGGAGAGAUAUAUCAUUUCACUAGCUGACAGAGAACUCUUACUCAUCCACAAAUCACUCUCCAAAGACGCUAAAGAAUUCACUUUCACGGACCUGGAGCCCGGCCGAAAAUACACAGCCACUGUCACCAGUAUUAGUGGAGACUUAAAAAAUUCCUCUUCAAUAAAAGGAAGAACAGUACCAGCUCAAGUGACUGGCUUACACGUGGCCAAUCAAGGAAUGACCAAUAGUCUGUUCACUAACUGGACCAAGGCACAAGGAGACAUAGAAUUUUACCAAGUCUUACUGAUCCACGAAAAUGUGGUCAUCAAAAAUGAAAGUGUGUCCCGCGAGACCAACAGAUACAGCUUUCACUCACUCAAACCAGGCAGCCUCUACUCUGUGGUGGUGACGACAGUGAGUGGAGGGAUCGCUUCCCGGCAAGUGGUGGUGGAGGGAAGAACAGUUCCUUCUAGUGUAAGUGGAGUGACAGUGAACAAUUCUGGUCGAAAUGACUACCUCAGAGUUUCCUGGCUGCCGGCACCUGGAGAUGUGGAUAAUUAUGUGGUGACACUCUCCCAUGAGGGCACAGUGGUUCAGUCUCUCGUCAUUGCCAAGUCUGCCAGUGAAUGUUCCUUCAGCUCGCUCACCCCAGGCCGCCUCUACAAUGUGACCAUUGCUACCAGGAGUGGCAAAUAUGAAAAUCAUUCCUUCAGCCAAGAGAGGACAGUGCCCAACAAGGUCCAAGGAGUCAGUGUUAGCAACUCUGCCAGGAGUGAUUCUUUGAAGGUGUCCUGGGUGCAUGCCGCAGGAGAUUUUGAUCAUUAUGAAGUCACCAUUAAAAACAAACACAACUUCAUUCAAACCAAGAACAUUCCCAAGUCAGAAAACGAGUGUGUAUUUGUUCAGCUCAUCCCUGGACGGUUGUACAGUGUCACUGUUAGUACAAAAAGUGGGCAAUAUGAAGCCAGUGAACAAGGGAAUGGAAGAACAAUCCCAGAGCCUGUAAAGGAUCUAACACUGCAGAACAGAAGCACUGAAGACCUGUACGUGACCUGGUCACCAGCUGAUGGGGAUGUGGACCAGUAUGAGAUCCAGCUCCUUUUCAAUGACAUGAAAGUAUUUCCUCCUUUUCACCUGAUAAAUACUGCAACAGAGUUUCGGUUUACCUCCCUAACGCCAGGGCGCCAGUACAAGAUUCUUGUCUUGACCAUCAGUGGAGACGUACAACAGUCAGCCUUCAUUGAAGGUUUAACAGUUCCUAGUGCUGUCAAAAAUAUUCACAUUUCUCCCAAUGGAGCAACAGAUAGCUUGACAGUGACCUGGACCCCUGGCAGUGGAGAUAUAGACUCAUAUGUGGUGUCAGCAUUCAGGCAGAAUCAGAAGGUUGAGUCCCAGACUGUCCCUAAGCACAUCUCUGAACACACAUUCCACAGACUGGAGGCCGGAGAACAAUACCUGAUCACUAUUGCCUCACUCAGUGGGUCCCUGAAGAACCAGGUAGAUGCACUUGGACGAACAGUCCCAGCCUCUGUUCAGGGAGUAAUUACAGACAAUGCAUACAGCAGUCAUUCCUUAAUAGUAAGUUGGCAAAAGUCUGUUGGUAUGGCAGAAAGAUAUGAUAUCCUGCUUCUAAAUGAAAAUGGGAUCCUGCUGAGCAAUAUCUCAGAACCAGCCACUGCAAAACAGCACAAAUUUGAAGAUCUAACACCAGGCAAGAAAUACAAGAUACAGAUUCUAACUGUUAGUGGAGGCCUCUUUAGCAAGGAAGCCCAAGCUGAAGGUCGAACGGUCCCAGCAGCUGUUACCAAUCUGAGGAUCACUGAAAACUCCACUCGACACCUGUCAUUCAGCUGGACCACCUCCGAGGGGGAGCUCAACUGGUAUAACAUCUUCCUUUACAACCCAGACCGCACACUUCAGGAGAGAGCACAAGUUGAGCCACCAGUUCAGAGCUUCACUUUUCAGAACUUGCUGCAGGGCCGAAUGUACAAGAUGGUGAUUGUCACUCACAGCGGGGAGCUGUCUAACGAGGCUUUCAUAUUCAGUCGAACAGUCCCAGCCACCGUGAGUCAACUGAAGGGAUCCAACCGGAACCUAACAGACAGCCUUUGGUUCAACUGGAGUCCAGCCUCUGGGGACUUUGAUUUUUAUGAAUUGAUUCUCUACAAUCCCAAUGGAACCAAAAAGGAAAAUUGGAAAGACAAAGACCUGACAGAGUGGCGUUUCCAUGGCCUUAUCCCUGGCAGGAAGUACACGCUGUGUGUGGUAACUCAUAGUGGAGAUCUCAGCAACAAAGUCAUGGGAGAGGGAAGAACAGCCCCAAGUCCUCCUAGUCUUUUGUCAUUUGCUGAUGUUGCAAAUACAUCCUUGGCCAUCACCUGGAAGGGACCCCCUGACUGGACAGACUACAAUGAUUUUGAGCUGCAAUGGCUACCAAGAGAUGCUCUCACUGUUUUCAACCCCUACAGCAACAGAAAAUCAGAAGGACGCAUUGUGUAUGGUCUUCGUCCGGGGAGAUCCUAUCAAUUCAGUGUCAAGACUGUUAGUGGUGAUUCCUGGAAAACAUACAGCAAACCAAUUUUUGGAUCUGUGAGGACAAAGCCAGACAAGAUACAAAACCUGCACUGCCGGCCCCAGAACUCUACAGCCAUUGCCUGCUCUUGGAUUCCUCCUGAUUCUGACUUCGAUGGCUACAGCAUUGAAUGCCGAAAAAUGGACACCCAAGAAAUUGAGUUCUCCAGAAAGCUGGAGAAAGAAAAAUCUCUGCUCAACAUCAUGAUGCUAGUGCCACAUAAGAGGUACCUGAUAUCCAUCAAAGUACAGUCAGCUGGUGUGACUAGCGAGGUGGUGGAAGACAGCACUAUCACAAUGAUAGACCGCCCUCCUCCUCCACCCCCACAUAUUCGUGUGAAUGAAAAGGAUGUGCUAAUUAGCAAAUCUUCCAUCAACUUCACUGUCAACUGCAGCUGGUUCAGCGACACCAACGGAGCUGUGAAAUACUUCACAGUGGUGGUGAAAGAAGCUGAUGGCAGGGAUGACCUAAAACCAGAAGAACAGCACCCUCUCCCUUCCUACCUAGAGUACAGGCAGAAUGCCUCCAUCCACAUGUACCAGACCAAUUAUUUUGCUAGCAAAUGUACUGAAAGUCCUGACAGCAACUCUAAGAGUUUUAACAUUAAGCUUGGAGCAGAGAUGGACAGCCUGGGUGGAAAAUGUGAUCCCAGUCAGCAGAAAUUCUGUGAUGGACCACUGAAGCCACACACUGCCUACAGAAUCAGCAUUCGGGCUUUUACUCAGCUGUUUGAUGAGGACCUGAAAGAAUUCACAAAGCCACUCUAUUCAGAUACAUUUUUUUCUUUGCCUAUCACCACAGAAUCAGAGCCCUUGUUUGGUGUCAUUGAAGGUGUAAGUGCUGGCCUGUUUCUGAUUGGCAUGCUGGUGGCUCUGGUUGCCUUAUUCAUCUGCAGACAAAAAGCAAGCCAUGGUCGAGAGAGGCCCUCAGCUCGCUUGAGCAUUCGUAGGGACCGCCCAUUAUCUGUCCAUUUGAAUCUGGGCCAGAAAGGUAACCGGAAAACUUCCUGCCCCAUAAAAAUAAAUCAGUUUGAAGGACAUUUCAUGAAACUGCAGGCUGACUCCAACUACCUUCUAUCCAAGGAAUAUGAGGACCUAAAAGACAUAGGUCGAAACCAGUCAUGUGAUAGUGCACUCUUGCCAGAGAACAGAGGGAAAAAUCGAUACAACAAUAUAUUGCCCUAUGAUGCCUCGCGAGUGAAGCUGUCCAAUGUAGAUGAUGACCCUUGCUCUGACUACAUCAAUGCCAGCUACAUCCCGGGCAACAACUUCAGAAGAGAAUACAUAGCUACUCAGGGACCGCUUCCUGGCACCAAGGAUGACUUCUGGAAAAUGGCGUGGGAACAGAACGUUCACAACAUUGUCAUGGUGACCCAGUGUGUUGAGAAGGGCCGAGUAAAGUGUGAUCACUACUGGCCCCCAGAUCAAGAUUCCCUCUACUACGGAGACCUCAUCCUGCAGAUGCUGUCAGAGUCAGUGCUGCCCGAGUGGACCAUCAGGGAGUUUAAGAUAUGCAGUGAGGAACAGCUGGAUGUCCACAGACUCAUCCGUCACUUUCACUAUACGGUGUGGCCAGACCAUGGAGUCCCAGAGACCACCCAGUCCCUGAUCCAGUUUGUGAGAACUGUCCGGGACUUUAUCAACAGAACCCCAGGUCCCGGGCCCACUGUGGUGCACUGCAGUGCCGGUGUAGGUAGAACUGGAACCUUUAUUGCACUGGAUCGAAUCCUCCAGCAAUUAGACUCCAAAGACUCUGUGGACAUUUAUGGAGCAGUACAUGACCUAAGACUUCACAGAGUUCACAUGGUUCAGACUGAGUGUCAGUAUGUAUACCUGCAUCAGUGUGUAAGGGAUGUCCUCAGAGCAAGGAAGCUACGAAAUGAACAAGAAAAUCCUCUUUUUCCAAUCUACGAAAAUGUGAAUCCGGAGUAUCACAGAGAUGCUGUCUAUUCAAGGCAUUAAGAAUGUACUCAGAGAUCUCCUGGAUAAAAAAGAAAGAAAGAAAAAAAAAAAACUUUCCCUGUGUGAUUUCUGAAGAAAAGUUGCUUCAUAUCUUGCAGAGAUGCCAGCUAUUUCUGUUGAUACUAUGUAUAAUUUAUUAAGCUGGAGAAUGUUAAGAGAAUUUAUGUAAUUUAAAGGUAACAGAUAUUAUUGUACAUAGUUGUAUUUUGUAGUUUCUCCUGUAAAUAUGUAUUUUUCAUAAUGUUUAAUAUGAAGCUUUAUAUAAUAUGAUUUUUCCACACUCAAGUGCUCAUGGCUUGUUCUACAUAAGCUAAUGUAACCUGUAUGACAGGACUAACUGGCAAAAUGGCCAUGAAUCCCUUUGGCCAUGUUUCUCACCUGUCUUGAUAGCCUGUGGAAAGAAUAAAGGGUAAGACAAACGAAAGACAGUGGGUGUUAUGGCUAGCUUUGCUGUACUGCUGUCUCUUGAAUAUUGGGAUCCAAAGAGGAGCCAGAUUCUAUUAAGAUAAAUAUAAGUUGUUGUUUUUCUUAAGAAAAGAACUAGACCUGCAGAUAUACCUCAGUGGUAGAAUGCAUGCUUGCAUGGGUUCAAUCCCUACCACCAAAGGAAAGGAUUAGGAGACACAAAAGGAAUUAAGCAACAUCCAAACUGAGCUAAAUCACUGAGCCUAAAGAUGUUGCUCAAUCUCUUUUUUUUUCCAGUUGGAUUCACAACCAAGUGAUUGACUUAGGGUCAGAUAACUUGUAGUGGAAGUCCCUACUGGAAGAUGAAAGGGAAAAAUAACAUACAAAGCACUGUCCUUAGAGCUUAGAGACCACUUUGCUGCAUCACAGUGUAGAAUCACAUCUGUGCUGUGGUCUGGCUUGCAUAAACACUCUGGGCUUUGUCUCACUGCCAUAGUCUGCAUUCCUGGAAAAGUCAUACUUGAUUUGUUUGGGUUUUUUUUUUCCUUUAAAAGAAGAUGGUGGUGGCAGAUUAUACCCACAUUUCAUUAAAAUAUCAUGUGGAGUGAACCAAAAAACAUUGCAGUAAAAAUGAAAGCUCAGUGGUCCUUGGCACAAAAUUUCCUAAAAGUCAGGGAAGUCAAAAUGUCAAAUACUCACUUAAAGUUGCAUGUAUCCUACCAAGCUUAUCUUCAAUGGUGGUGCCUUAUUUUGGUUAAAGCAAUAUUUAAUGAGACAGUAAAUAGGCAUUGUGUAUAUCAGGUUGGUUGUAAGAGGUUUCCUGAGGAAAUUCUGUAAAAACAUCUGUAAGGAAUCCUUGUGGCUACCUGAAAUAAUGAGCUGGAGAUUUCUGUCUUUAAUGAGAGGUCACAUUUAUUGACCUCAGAGCUUCAUUUGCAGAAAGAAUAUAACUCUCUUCAAAUACAUUUUUUUUGCUCCAUACCAUAGAUUCCCAUAAUAUAAUGAGUAUAAUGGAACUUAAUAAUUCAAAGUCCUUAAUUAUACCUAAAACUGAUAUUUAUAAUUGUACAAAUAAACAUUCCAACCUGGGAUGUUUUUCUGGGAAUUAUUUGAAGUUUAUUAAGUAGCAGGACACCUUAUAAGCAGGAAUUGUAGAGUAUAUAUUCUUGUAGAAUUGUAGAAUAUAUAUUCUUAGUUUUGCUGGGCCAGGGUUUUGUGAAUGAGAGUUGGAGGUGAUGGUUCUAUAUCAGAAAAUGAAAUAGAUCUUGUAGAAUGAAAAGGAAUAUGAGUAAGCAUGACAGAAGUACUAUAGGGAAACAAUAAGAGGUCAGAGAUUUAGGAGAUACGGUGUCUGUAAGAAAUCACUUUUCCUAUACUAAAGAAGGUUGCAUCUCAAGGAUGUAGUUCAGACCUGGUACACACAAAGACUUGAUCUCAAAUCAGCACCACAGAGCAACAAAAUAAAACAAAAGCAAGAGGAAACCAAAACAUCAUUUUAAACCUUAAUGUUGCUUUCUGCAAAGCACAUAGCACAUUAAUACCUAGGAAAAUAAACUUAUUUUCGGCUUUUCAGUCAUUCAGAAAAGUGUUUGUAAGUUCCUGCAAUGUACUAGGUGCUGUUCCGACAUCUGCAUGAUUUUAUUCCCAUAAAACGCAUGUGUGGCAAUCAUGAAGUUAGGGUUGUAGUGACUGCUUUCAGUCAGUAGAUGAGAGAAUGAGAUAACCCAGCCAGACUAGUCUAGCAGUCACUUAAGCAGCAAGAGAGAACACUGCUUCACUAACAAACAACUGGAUUCAGAAGAGAGAGCAAUGAAUUUGACCCAAAACAGAGAUGGUUGCCUACACCUCUGCCCCUAGUAAAUAACAUCCACAUACUCUGCGCACGAGAGGAGGAAUCACAACUAGAGAACUGAACGGGACAGGGCAUAACUGUAUAUUCUUUUCAACUAAUCCAGGAAAGGGUGAUUCCUACUCUAUGCCUAAUUGAAAUCUCCUUAGCAACAAAUAUUUUUGCUACCCCUUCUGUGUCCCUAGAAGACUAAACACCUAACCCAGUUGAUCUGUUUAUUCAGGUUUCACAGAGGGCUAGACUGGGAAUGUAGCUCAGUGGCAGAAUGCUUAUGUAGAAUGCACAAGGCCUUGGGUCCCACCCCCAGCAUCAGAAAAUAAAUUUAGGAGAAGGAGGUAAAUGGUUGCCUUGACAUUGAGCUCAGUUGGGAUGCUUGGCUGUCUAAUUGCCGCAUGUGGCUGUGCUGCAGUAAACACUCCAUUUCCUGUCUCGCUGGGCAUCCUGUCUGCACACCUGUGUGGUACACUUUAAUCAUCAACGCUUCAAAGUGUUUCUGAGCUAUUAGAUCUUGGGUGAGUCUGUCUUGCAUCUUAAUAAUUAUUUAUCCAAGUUCCUUAUAAUUAACUCCUUUAAUCUCUUCUCAUGAAAUCAAUUUUAUCUUAUCAUUCUGAUCUUCUCUGGAAAGCAGCCAGAGUUUCAGCUCUUAAAUCAAGAGUUUUCAAAGACUCCCAUCCCUGUCUGGGCUUGCACUUAUUUGUCCUAAGUAACUUUCCAUCUCUUAAGGGUGUAAGUCCCACUGUUUGACCUAUCUUGGUAUUAAAUAUGUUCACUUUACCAGGUGAAUGUGAUUUUUAUCUUCUGCUCACCUUACUCCCUUAUAGCCACUGGUAGAAUGCCAGAGCUUCUCCUGUAUAGAAAAUAACCAUGGCUUCAUUUUUAAAUACUGACCUGCCUACAGUGUAGAAGUUUGGGGUCAGUUUUAUUUGGAAGGAUCCUUAAUUAAUUUUGUUGUUACCUCUUGGAAGAAAGCCCAAAUGACAUGAGAAAAUAAUAUGAAGCCAUUCAGCAGAUGUCCAGCAAUACAAAAAUAGGGCUCACAUGUUACACUUCACACAAGUUCUCUCCUUACCCUUCACAAUAAAGUAGCUGCCAUAUACUAAAUUCUCACUCAGCCCUCUGGGAAUUCUUUGAGAUCGGAAUCUUGAAAUCCUAAUGUUAUAUAUGAAAGCUCUACAGUGCUCUAGAGUUGUCCUUCAAGCACAAUGAUCAGAUCAAACCUGACAGAAGCUCAAGGACUUUCUGGGUUCCAUUUCAUUAAGGGAAUGAAAGGAAAAUAAUCAGUAAAGACAAUAGCAAGAAUUAGUGAUCUUCUUUCCCAUAGAAUGAGCAAACUUUCAACCUCAUUCCUGAGGUCAAAGCAAGAAAUGCCACAUCUGUCCAAAUGCCCUGAGGAUCUCUAACUAGAGAUUCAAAAUCAUAUCAAUGGUAUUCAAAGAAUGUUUCCUACCAUAGAAAACUAAGCCAUGACAGCAGAAAGCAAGGAAAACGAUGCAACAAAGGGCAACUAGGAAUUGAACCAGACAGCAUCAAGAAGAGAAAAUGGUGUAUGUCUUUAUCUUAUUUAUUUCUUUAUAGUUAUUGUUAUUAUGUCUUGAGACAGGAUUUUUCUAGGUAUGUCAGGCUAGCUUGGAACUCACAAUGUUCCUGCUCCAGCCUCCUGAGUGCUGGAAUCAAAAUGUCAUCUUGCCUGUGUGUCCAGACUGUUCUUUGAAAAUCGUGACAUAUAUUUCUUAUUAGGGUAUACAGAUUUGAGUAUCCUUGAGCCAAAAUUCUAGAAUUCAAAAUGUUCCAGACUCCAAGAUAUUUUGAGCACCAACAUGACAACAUAGUGGAAAACUCCAUCCCUGACCUUACAAAACAUUCAGAAUCAAAACACAAGCACACUAAAAAUGCUGUGUAAAAUACCAUCACAUAUGUUUAAGAGGUGUCUAGGAAAUAUAAAUUAAUCUCAUGUGUAGACGGGUCUCAUCCUCCAGAGAUCUCAUUAUAUAUAUGCAAAUAUUCCAAAUCCAGAAAAAGAAAACCAAAAUACCUCUGGUCUUAGGCAUUUCAGACAAAGGAUAAUCAAUCUGUAUUGUUUUUAUUGGGGAUUCACUGACUAUUUGGGACACAUACUUAGUUGAUUAAGCAAUUGAAGCAAUUCAUUUGAUUUUUGAAUUGACCAAGUGUGACUGUUUCCUGAGUUUUCCAUUUCAUACACAUCACCUUAGAUUCUUGUAAAAUAUAUUGCCUAAGAAAAAUGUUUGGCCAUACUUGUUAAAAUUCAGGGUAACGUUUGAUGCAUCCAUGAUAGCGGCAAAAAUCUGUUCUGUUCUAAAAAUGCUUCUAGCAAUGGAAAUAUUUCUAGCUAAAAGAAUACUCUUAACUUGUAGGGAGGCUCCAUGGAAAUAAAUGCAUGUAAUUUUGUUAAGAUUAUAGAUACAUUCAUUAAAUAAGGAAAUUGUUGGUGAAUGUUCCUAAAAUAGAGCUUUACGUAACAGAAAUAAAGAUACAUUAAAUGAUUUACCAAAGAUUAUUUUUAUAGCUUCUAUGCCAAUGCACAUGAUCUUAUAUAAGACACCAAAGUAAGUUAUUCAAAACUGUGAAUAAUGUCAGACAAAUGCAAUGUAUCCCUCCUAGAAUAGUUAUAAGAAGGAUUAGUUAUGGCUGUUUUCUGACUCAAAUCUUCCCCCUGACAGCAAGAUUUGAGUUAGGUUUGAGAUGUUGUAUUUUAAUACCUGGUGUGUAAGCAAGCAUCCUACCAAGAAAGAAAGAAUGUCCUACUGGCUUUAGCAGAGUUGGAUAGCAUCUAGCUGCAGGCAAAUAAAAGGGUCUCCAUUAGUAUUUAUGUGUUUCCUGGUCUCAGCCACACCAGCAAGAGGGUAGAGUGCGCCAUUGCUCUUGAUUGAAGAGUAUUUGACCUCUUGUCACCCAUGUGACAUUCAAAGAUCAGAAUUAAGCUUUCAUGUCUUUUCCAUUCCUACUUUGUAGAUCGUAACUCAUAUACAUCCUAUGUGUACUUUUCUGAGUGGAAAUUGCUCCUGGACUAAUUCUUUGGGUGUGAGAUAGAGUCUUAAUAACUCUGAUGUCCAAUGAAAUUCUUCCAACUGUUCCUUGAUCAGUGUAAAGCAUAAACAUAUACUGUAAAUAAAUCCUUUGACCAAAUGUAUUAUGUUCUAUAAUAGAGCACUUUUUAUAUUUUAAAGUCAUUUAUUCCUUCUCCUCAAAUCUGGUUAAAAUAAUAGUACAUAAUUGUAUUUUUUCACCCUGUAGCAACAACCCACACUAUUCUGUUUGUAAUCAAGUCCACUUGAACAAAGAACUUCAUUAGCCCUUCUGUUUAAAUUGUGUAUUUGCUUAAUAUAUUUUCAUAUUUGCAACUGUGGUUAAUAUAUAUAUAUAUAUGUAUGUAUGUAUGUAUUAUCUUGUACCCAUCCUUACCAGGAAUAAAACUGCUGCUUUUUGGAA